ACGCCAGGCAGACGCGGCUGACGUGGAGGGUGCGGGUUAGUGGCCGCGGCGGGCUCUGGGAUUGGGGCGCUGCGGGCCUGGCCGGGCCCCCGGGCCCGAGGCAGCGGCAGAGGCGGCGGUAUAAAGCCGGCGGCGGGGAGCAUGUAAUGUCGGAAUGCGGAGACCGCGGCGGCGGCAGCAGCAGCAGCGACGACGCCGAGGACGAGGGUGGCGGUGGCGGUGGCGGCGGCCCGGCGGGCUCCGGCUCCCCCAGCCCGGACCCGGCCAGAGAGUCCUCGGCGGGCCGGCUCCGCCGCGGGCUGCGCUGCGCCUCCCUCAUGGCCCGCCGGCGGCCGGAGCUGCUCUGCGGAGCCGUGGCGCUCGGAUGCGCGCUGCUUCUCGCCCUCAAGUUCACCUGCAGUCGAGCAAAAGAUGUGAUAAUACCAGCAAAGCCACCAGUCAGCUUUUUCUCCUCGAGGUCUCCGGUUCUUGACCUCUUCCAGGGGCAGCUGGACUAUGCAGAGCACAUUCGCCAGGAUUCAGAAGUGGUACUGCUGUUCUUCUAUGCCCCAUGGUGUGGCCAAUCCAUUGCUGUUAGGGCAGAAAUUGAGCGUGCAGCAAGCCGGCUUUCUGACCAGGUGUUGUUUGUGGCAGUUAACUGUUGGUGGAACCAGGGAAAAUGCAGAAAACAGAAACACUUCUUCUAUUUUCCUGUAAUACACCUGUAUCAUCGGAGUUUUGGACCAAUUGAGUAUAAAGGCCCCAUGAGUGCUGUUUACAUUGAGAAGUUUGUCCGCCGAGUGAUGAAACCACUUCUGUACAUCCCAUCUCAAUCAGAAUUACUAGAUUUUCUCUCAAACUACGAGCCUGGAGUACUCGGGUACUUUGAGUUCAGUGGCUCGCCCCAGCCUCCUGGUUAUUUGACCUUCUUCACCUCUGCAUUGUAUUCAUUAAAGAAAGAUUACCUAGGAACAGUACGAUUUGGGGUUAUCACAAAUAAACAUCUUGCGAAACUGGUUUCCUUAGUACACUCUGGAAGUGUGUAUUUACAUAGACAUUUCAACACAUCACUUGUCUUCCCCAAGGAGGUCAUGAACUUCACAGCUGAGAACAUCUACAAGUGGGCUUCAGAAAACCGAGAGACACUCUUGCAAUGGCUGCAGCCUCAUGGAGGCAAGAGUCUCCUGCUGAAUAACGAACUGAAGAAGGGACCGGCACUCUUCCUGUUCAUACCAUUCGAUCCUUUAGCCGAGAAGCACCCCCUCAUAGAUGAGAUCACCGAAGUGGCCUUGGAGUACAACAACUGUCACAGGGACCAGGUAGUGGAGCGCCUCCUUCAGCAUCUGCGGCAGGUAGAUGCACCGGUGUCACAGUCCUUGGCACCAGAGCCAUCAUCUCCGCUGCCAGACACAUCAAUGACAGCAGCAUUGCCCUGCUGCAACACUGUGGUGCUGCCCCAGGGGCACUCCUUUUCCAGGACCCAUAACAUCUGCGAGCUGUGUGUCAACCAGACUGCUGGGGGCAUCCGGCCGAGUUCAGUCAGUGUGCCGCAGUGCAGCUUCUUCCAGAUGGCAGCGGCUCUGGAUUCCUUCUACCUCAAGGAGCAGACCUUUUAUCACAUGGCAUCGGACAGCAUGGAAUGCAGCAAUUUUUUAACUUCCUAUAGCCCUUUUAGCUAUUACACUGCAUGUUGCAGGACCAUAAACAGGGGCGGGGUAAGCUUCAUUGAUUCUGAACAAGGUAUAUUUAAAACCCCAGGCACUGCACUUUCUUCCCUGGAGAAGUGUGAGGCCACCACCCCCAGCUCUGUUCCUCACAUUGAGGAGAACGGGUAUCUCUUCCCUGAAGUGGGUAUGACCAGCACCACCUUCACAGGCCUGAGCUGCAGAACCAACAAGACCCUGAACAUCUAUCUUUUGGAUUCCAAUUUAUUUUGGCUAUAUGCAGAGAGACUGGGUGCUCCAAGCUCCACCCAUGUGAAAGAAUUUGCCACAAUUGUUGAUGUGAAAGAAGAAUCUCACUAUAUCUUGGAUCCAAAACAAGCACUUGUGAAGUUCACCUUAGAAUCUUUUAUUCAAAACUUUAGCAUUCUCUACAGUCCCUUGAAAAGGCAUCUCAUUGGAAGUGAUUCUGCCCAGUUCCCUUCUCAGCAUUUAAUCACUGAAGUAACAACUGAUACCUUCUGGGAAGUCAUUCUUCAAAAACAGGAUGUCUUGAUGCUCUAUUAUGCCCAGUGGUGCGGCUUCUGUCCAUCCCUCAAUCACAUCUUCAUCCAGCUUGCUCGUCUCCUACCAGAGGAUACAUUUACUGUGGCCAGGAUUGAUGUGUCUCAGAAUGAUCUUCCCUGGGAAUUUAUGGUUGAUCGGCUUCCUACCAUCUUGUUUUUUCCCUGCAACAGAAAAGAUCUAAGCGUGAAAUACCCUGAAGACCUCCCCAUCACCCUUCCAAACCUGCUGAAAUUCAUCUUGCAUCACUCAGACCCUGCCUAUGUCCCCCAGAAUGUGGCCAACACCCCUUCCAGAGGUUGUCUCCAGAGUGAGGCAGCCUUACAGCAGGGGCACAUCUCCUACUUGGAGAGAGAGAUCCAGAAACUGCGAGCAGAGUUGAGCAGCCUUCACCGAGCUCAAGUGCAAGUAGAGGGUCAGCUGUCCAGUGCCCGCAGGGAUGAGCGCCAGCUGCGCAGGCAACAGCAGGCCCUGGAGCAGCAGCACAGCCUGCUGCGGCAGCACAGCGAGCAGCUGCAGGCCCUGUAUGCCCAGAAGGCCCGUGAACUAGAAGAGCUGGCUGAUGCCUCAGAGACUCUUCUCACCGAGAACACAUGGCUCAAGAUCCUGGUGGCCACCAUGGAGAGAAAGCUGCAGGGCCAGGAUGGGGCCGAGGACCCAGCCUCACUGAGAGAAGCACACCCUGACCACCCUGAGCCUGCAGGUGCCCCCCUGUUACCCAGUGGGACUCCCCCGCCUUCCAAUGCCAGCUCCCCACUGGCAUCUGAGAGGAAGAAUGAGAACAGGACCGACUAACUUGAAAUAAUGAAGGAAUCAGAGGUGAAAAUUGUACAUUGGGAAUAUAUUUAUGCAAAUUUUAUUGAAACUUACUGUAAAUAAAGAUUUUCUCAGUGGUCUAAAAAAUGAACUUCAAUGUUACUCAGCUUUUAUUGACAGGGAUGACAUCCCUUCUACUUAUUGCACAAACUUGGUAUCUUUGAGACAAAAACAGUAGCACAGUCCAUCUGAAGAGCGGUCUGAAGAAUUUGUCUAUAAUUUAGUGGCUCAAUGUCAAGAGUUCCUUCCCCCACUCCCCUGCUGCUGCCUCUGCCAUGAUACAAAGGAUGAAAGGUUAAUUUCCUGGCUACUCAGAAAACUUAGGUGUAACAAUGGGGCUAUUAAGAAAAAAUCCAAAGAGAGGUCAUGACUUACUAAUCAUCUGAGUGUGGUGAGGUCUCCUAAAGUGGGGCUACUGAUAAACAUUAACAGGGAGGGCUGUUCUGUGAUGUACACCAGUUCUCUGGGCAUUUCGUCUUCCAACGACCACACCAUGCUUCACCCAUCCUGUGCUUUUACACUUUGAUGGGCCCAAAUCAAGCUCCAUAGAUGUUGCAGGCCACCAGGGGGUUGGGGUGAGAAAAUCUCUAAAAGUGAAACUGAUGAAAAAGCCACAUCUGAUUGUUUCAAAAACCAAAACUUCACUGGCACAGUAAACACUGCAAGUAAAGCCUGACAGUGGAGCACAGGCCAGGCUCAAAAAAUGCAAAUCCCAGCCACUCCAUGGACAAGAACAAAUAGCCUAUGCUUAUGCUGCUGGCUACUUGAAUAGAGGUAGAAAGCCUGGAAAUUCUGAAAUGGGAGGGGAUGAUCAAAAGCCUCAGCCUUUUCCAACUACCUCCUUCACAUCACCAGCUGGCACCUUUGGGCCCCCUGUCCCCUCUCCAAGGUCCUAUCACAGUGGCUGGCCCACUGCUGGCACCACCAUGCACCCUGCCCACCUUAGCCUGUGCUGCCUUUGCUUGUCCAACUGGUCCUCACCUCUUCCCCCCCUGACCAAAGGCAUUUUCUCCCAUUCCUAAGGGUCCUCAGGAGCCCAACUCUAGUGCUUCAGUACUACUUUCAAUACAGUGGCCCCAUUAGCUACCCCUGUCCCACCCCAAGUCGUUAUUUAAUGUUGCUAAAAUAUAAGUGCUCCCUGUAGCUCCCCACAGGGGUUCUGGAAAGAGGAUUAGUUAACAUGCUUUUUGGAGAGGAUGCCUCAAGCCUGGCAAAGAGGCCUGACCUCUGUGCUCCCUGGCUAUGCUGUUUGCAGCUGGUACAAGUAUAUAGGGCCAGUGCCCUGAGGUUAAACCUGGGCUGGCCUCUGGCUCAUUAUCCAGGAUGCCAAAGCAUGUCAUGUUUGAAUCAGGAUAUUUAGAAGACACAUGCAGUUAAAAGUCUUAAGGGAGCUCAGUGAAACACACAAAGGACAACUCAGAUGCAGCUGUCAAGGUGUGGGCUUGAUAGAGCUACCAAGUUCUCAUCUGUGAGAACCUACACUAGAACUCAUUCCCACCCCUCCCCCAAUCCCUGCACUAAGUACAGACUGGCAGGGAGCAUCUGGUGGCUCCUGUGUGAAUGUGACUGCACAAAAGAAUGCCCUUCCACUGCACAUGGUGCCUUGAGAGCUGAGUUGGGGCCACGUGACCAUCUACACAGCGCCCCACCCCCCACCCCCAGGAAAGUGAAAUCCAAUACCCAGCAGGUAGGUCAUCAGAGGAAAGGAAGCUAACUUUCAAAAAGGGGAUAAAGGGAUGGCCACACUCAACAGCAACCUCCUCCAUCUCACCAGUGCAGAAAUUAAAUACAAAAAAAAA